AUGGCCAACGCGACCGUGUUCGUCGGGAACCUCUGCUUCAUCGCCGGCGUCGGCCUGCUUGUGUCGGCGCAGUGGGAGAUGGUCCGGGGCAACACGUUUGGGUACACGGUGCUGUCGUCGUUUGGUGAGGAGCCCAGUCUGUGUCAGGUCGGUGUGUCAGCUGCUGAUCGGAGCAUGGCAACAGGGCUCUACUACGCGGGAUAUGGAGUGCUCCGCAUGCCUGGGAUGGGCAUCAUCGAGGCCUAUGGCGGGUACACGGCGGAAUACUACAACGCCGUUGGCUUGUACCUGCUCGGUGAGGACACGGCCAUGAUCAUGACACGGUAUUGCAGCGGAGCGGAAGCUGACGGAUCCAGUCUGGUGCAUACUCAACUCCUUCUUCCUGCUCGCCUCUCUGGCCAUGUACGUCCGCCAAACCCCCCCUCUCCCGGAAAAAAUGGCAUAAAGCAGCUGACGCGGAAAUCCCCCGGAAACGUCCCCAACAUCAUCAUCUUCGCAGGCCUCGAGUUCUCCUUCCUGUUCAACUGCGCCGCCCACUUCGCCAUGGCCGACGGCGACACGGCCGCCAGCGCCGUGGCCGCCGCGUCGGGGUUCUACAUGGUUGGCUACGAGCUCUGUCGGGACGUGUUCCCCUUUGAGCUGCCCGUGGGCGACACGUCGCGGUUCUUUGGCCGGCGGAAGCUGUGCUAG